UCGCGAGGUGAAAGUCAACUCAGAAAGUCAGGGACAUUUUUGGUGCACAAGAUGCAGAGUUGCUGACGUCAUUCACAAAAACAUGGCGGAAGAAACAGAGCAUUUGGCAUUCUCCAGCAAAAAAUUGUUGGGUUGUCCUGCAAAAAAACAAAAACAAAGUCAAAAGUAGAUGACACCUUCACAGUGGAGUUGGGACUUUUGGGGCCUCCGGGGUCUUGUGAUCAGCUGACAUACAGGAAUGAAUGACUGUUUCUUUUCUUUCUUUUUUUUUUUUACCCACAAUCACCCUCGUCACCACCACUGCACCUCGCAGCUGCCUGUCCCCGUCUCACUAAGAUGUCAUGUGACGUUUGCUCCGAUGGUGGAUCACAAAACUAUGAAUAGCAUCACGUCCCCACCUCCUGCCGGCUAAAAAUAGCUUCAUGUAAAUUUUUCUCAGGUGAGCAAAACUUCGCCCGUAUUAAAAGUGCACAUUUGACACUCUAGUGGACGCACAUGAACUUUGUCACCCUGCUCAUCCUCCGAGGGCGGGCGGGCGGUCGGUCCUUCGGUCGCCGGGUCGCUUUUAUUUUCGGGUGUUACAAACUCGAGAGAUGGAGCAGCGGCGCGGGGCGGAGGCGGUGGUCUCUCUCUCUCUCUCUCUCUCUCUCUCUCUCUCCCUCUCUCUCUCUCCGUCUAUCUCGCGCACUAUCUCCGCCCUCGAGGGAGAGACUACUACGUUUACCCAGCGCCUCUCUCCACGCACUGCCGUUGAAUCAGAACCAGGUGCGACGGACCGCGGGCGCUGCUCGUGAUGGAUCUGUGGAUUACGGGGACGUCGUUCUGAGCCACGGACGCUUUCCAAGGUUCACACCCGCCGAGCGACAAGAGACGAGGAGCGCGUUGAAAGAAAAGAAGAACGAAAAAAAAAAAUAAUAAUAAUAAUUGUGCGCCCGUAAAAAAAAAUAAAUAACCGUAUGCGAUGUUUUAUCAUUGAAGAGCUUUUGCGGCGUUAGUGUGCAGGGAAGGGUCCGUGUGUGCCGCUCAGAGUUGGCGUGAGCCAUCUUCAUAAUGAUCACCUCAUUUUAAUAAUCGGCACGGUCCGCGUCGCGUCGUCGAUCUCUGCGCGUUGCUUCAACUGUCAACGUAAAGUGACGAGCGACGAACUAAUUGGUCGGAGCCGGAGCGCCCGACAGGAGUUCACGAUAUUCCCAGAGAAUAAAAAAAAGAGGGGGAGGCAGUGGGGGGGCUGUUCGAAGUCACACGUGCCCAGGACAGACGAUUAAGAUGACAAGGGCCGUCCCCACGGGAGAGUCUCGUCUUCACCGAACACGCUGCGUCGGGAUCGCGUCCGAGUUCCUGGGUUGCAACAGAGUUGGAGGACAGGCGGGCGAGAGAGGGAGGAGGAGCCGAGGAGGGCUGCUGCACCGCCGAGCCACUGCCGACGGACACGCGCUGGCUCCACUGGUGGACUGAGCUUUCUCCCUUCACACGUUGACAACGGCGUGUAUGGACACACUGCGGCGUACAGGUGAGGGCCCCGCCCCCAACACAGCACACUGGCCCCGAUGACUGAAGCACAGCUCUGUCUCCGAGAGGACGACCCCGCCGGCCUUCGCCUGGACACCGUCUCUCAGGUCUGCACAAACUGAUUCUACCCUUUUGUCCCGCAAAAAACACAAGAGAGAGCAAAAGCAACGCAAACUUGGAACCUCAGCCCCUUCCCAAGUGCCCUGGAAACACCCCCCCCACACCCCCACCCCGGGAUUCAGUCUGCAGCCACAGAUGUAACUAGGCGGUCAAGAUUUCGUCACCAGGAAGUCCUGUGAUUUUGGCUGCAUGGACACAUCUUCAAAAACGUGGCUGCCGCAUCAGAGUCAGUUUGGGUUGGUUGGUCAAGUGGAGGUUUGCUGUGGCGGACCUGGAGUUUUAACCCCAAACCAAUCUCGCAGGGCAAGUUUUGCCUCUGUAAGACAGUCAAGCAUGGAAACUCCUCCAAACUCCACCCCACAGCCCUUCAGACAGCCAAGUUUUCUCAAUCGAAGGUUGAAGGGUUCCAUCAAGAGGGCCAAAAGUCAGCCCAAACUCGACCGGACCAGCAGCUUCAGGCAAAUGAUUUUGCCCCGGUUUCGAAGUGCCGAUCAAGAGAGGACUCGCUUAAUGCAAAGCUUCAAAGAAUCUCACUCCCAUGAAUCCCUACUUUCUCCGAGCAGUGCCGCGGAGGCUCUGGACCUAGUUUUGGAUGAAGAGGCCAUAAUCAAACCAGUCCACUCUAGUAUUUUAGGACAAGAGUACUGCUUUGAGGUGACGACCAGUUCAGGGACAAAAUGUUUUGCCUGCCGCUCAGCUUCAGAGAGAGACAAGUGGAUUGAGAAUCUUCAACGAGCUGUUAAACCCAACAAGAACUCCACGUUUCAUUUUCAGGACAACAGCAGACGGGUGGACAAUGUGCUCAAACUGUGGAUCAUCGAAGCUCGAGACCUUCCGGCCAAGAAGCGCUACUAUUGUGAGCUGUGUCUGGACGACAUGUUGUACGCGCGCACCACCAGCAAACCCCGGACCGACACCGUCUUCUGGGGCGAGCAUUUUGAGUUCAACAAUUUGCCUACCAUUCGUAGCCUUCGCUUGCACCUCUACAAGGAAACGGACAAAAAGAGACGCAAGGAAAAAAGCACAUACCUCGGCCUCGUCAGCAUCCCCAUCUCCAGCAUCACGGGCCGGCAGUUUGUGGAGCAGUGGUACCCGGUGAUACAGUCCAGUGUGUUGGCCAAAAGCGGUGGUGUUGGAAGCGGCAAAGUCAUCAAUGCCUCACUGCGUGUGAAGUCUCGCUACCAGACAAUGAACAUCCUGCCAAUGGAGCUCUACAAGGAAUUCGCCGAGUACAUUACCAACAACUACCGAACACUGUGUGCUGUUCUGGAGCCGCUGUUGAGUGUGAAAAGCAAAGAGGAGGUGGCGUUCGCUCUGGUGCACAUCCUUCAAAGCACAGGGAAGACAAAGGAGUUCCUGUCUGACAUGGCGAUGUGUGAGGUGGAUCGAUUCAUGGACCGCGAGCACCUGAUCUUUCGGGAGAACACGCUCGCCACUAAGGCUGUGGAAGAGUACCUCAAACUGAUAGGUCACAGAUACCUCAAGGACGCUAUAGGUGACUUCGUUCGAGCCUUGUAUGAGUCUGAGGAGAACUGUGAGGUGGACCCCAUGCGUGUCCCGCCGUCGGUCCUCGCUGACCACCAAGCCAACCUUCGCAUGUGCUGCGAGCUCUUACUCUGCAAGAUUAUCAACUCUCUCUGCAUAUUUCCCCGGGAGCUGAAAGAAGUCUUUGCCUCGUGGAGAGCCAGAUGUGCUGAGCGUGGAAGAGAGGAUCUCGCCGACAGCCUCAUCAGCUCCUCCCUGUUCCUUCGCUUCAUGUGCCCGGCCAUCAUGUCCCCCUCCCUGUUCAACCUGAUGCAGGAGUACCCCGCCGAGCGCACGUCCCGCACGCUCACGCUCAUAGCCAAGGUGAUGCAGAACCUGGCCAGCUUCAACAAAUUUGGACCCAAGGAGGAAUACAUGUACUUCAUGAAUGAGUUCCUGGAGAUGGAGUGGGGCUCCAUGCAGCAGUUCAUUUAUGAGAUUUCCAACAUGGAGACUGGAGGAAACGCUGGAGGGUUUGAGGGCUACAUCGACCUCGGCAGAGAAUUGUCCAUGCUCCACAGUUUACUAUGGGAAGUCAUGGGCCAGUUGAGCAAGGAUGCUAUUCUCAAACUGGGACCCUUACCACGUCUGCUGAAUGACAUCAGCGUCGCCCUGAGGAACCCGCAGCUCCACAUGCCGACGAAUCACCAGCCAGAGCGACCGAAUGACAGACUCUUUUCGCGACCAUCGUUCAAUCGCCUCAUGUCCUCCGACUUCCAAAGCCUUAUGAUGCGAGACCUCAACAGCUCAAUAGACAUCUCUCGCCUGCCGUCCCCUACAACUGGCGUGUCAGCGGUAGAAUCCCUCUCAUCCAAUCUGAACAUGAGGCGUCACGCAGAACGAGACCUUCGCUCGUCGAGGGAAGUUUUCUACGUGACCCGUCCACCGCUGGCUCGAUCCAGCCCUGCAUACUGCACGAGCAGCUCGGACAUUACGGAGCCCGAUCCAAAGGUGCACAGUGUGAAUAAAAGUGUCUCCAUGAUGGACCUUCAGGACUCCCGUAUGAACAGCAUCUCCAACCUGAACUCUGUGGGAGACAUGCUCACCUCGUCUCAAGCCUCCAUCGCCGGCCUCGGCCACAGCUUUGGGAACCUUGGCGGCCCUCUUCGUAUGGGAGGGCAUAUGCCGACGGGCUCAGCGGGCUCGGGCUUGAGGCUGAGCCAGAUGGGCCACAUUGGGGGGCCCACGGAAUCCAUCUCUCAACAGCAACAGCAGGCAGCGGCGGCCAUGCACUUCCCCCUGUCUUUCCAGAACCCACUAUUCCAUCUGGCCGCCCAGAACUCCCCAGCUCAGUCUCAGCCUCCUCCCCCUCCUCUGCUGCUCGCCCCCGAGCCGGAGAACGGCCACCAUGAUUAUCAACCCGCCUUUGGCAACAGCGCUUUCUCCCGCAGCGAGGACUUGUCCGCCCUGCGGUCGCAGAGCAGCCUGGUGCAGCCCAGCAUUGUCCACUCACACAGUUACAGUGAUGAUUUCACCCGACAGAAUCAGAGUAACGACUACGCCUGGCACCAGCUGUCGCUGCAGGUGCAGGAAUCUCUCCAGCAGCAGCACCUGAUGGGAGUCACAUCGCAAACAGCCACUGGGACGGGCACCCCCGCCUCUUUGGCCACACCUCCCACUACAGUUCAUCCUGUCCGCCAGUCAUCCAUGGCCCCGCCACAACACCUCAAGUCGCAGCGGUCCAUCAACACGCCGGCUACCGCCACCCCUCCAAAGGUUCGCCCGCAGAGCAGGAACCUCCUCCUCAACUCUUCUGACACAAAUUUCAGUGGCAGUCACCCAAAAUCACGCCAAACUCAGCAGCAGCACCAACAGCAGCAGCACCAUCAGCAGCAACAUCAACAACAGCAACAUCAACAGCAGCAACAUCAGCAACAUCAACAACAGCAACAGCAGCAACAUCAACAACAGCAACAUCAGCAGCAGCUACAGCAACAACAACAACAACAACAGGAGACGCAGCUGUCGGUGACAGACAGUCCAGCUCCGGGGCUUCCGUACCAGACGAGCGCUGCCAAAGAGAACCAGGGCCCGUCGGCAGCUGCAGAGGAGUCAACAGACACUCCGACGAAAAGCACCAAGAAGUCUCAACAGGCACAACUGCAGGCACAACUGCAAGCACAACUACAGGCACAACUGCAGCCGCCGCAGCAGCAUCUGCUCAAGCCAGUUGUCAAUAAACAGGGUUCUCAGUCCAACUUGACAACCUCGGCCCUCAAUGAGAGGACAGUCGCCUGGGUGUCCAACAUGCCACAUCUGUCUGCCGACAUCGAGAGCCUGCGGCCGGACCGUGAGGGUCAGCUGAAGGAGUACUCCAAAAGCAUGGAUGAGUCACGAUUAGAGAGGGUAAAGGAAUACGAAGAGGAGAUACAUUCCUUGAAGGAACGGCUGAAGAUGUCCCAUCGCAAGCUGGAAGAGUACGAGCAGAGACUCGUGUCGCAGGAACAGCAGACGAGCAAGAUCCUGCAGCAGUAUCAGUGCCGCCUGGAUGACAGCGAACGCCGCCUAAAGCAGCAACAAGUGGAAAAGGACUCUCAAAUCAAAGGCAUCAUCAACAGACUCAUGGUUGUGGAAGAUGAGCUGAGAGGGGGUGCCAUUCCUGAUAUUAAGCCUCGAAUCCUCACAGACCAGACUAUCAGCCACGGAUAUGGUGGCCACCCAGGAUCCUGACUGCCAAUUCCAGAGUGACCAGAGUUCAUGAUGGUCAUUUGAAUGUGAGAAGACUGAUUCAGAUCCUCCACAAAAAAACAACAACAACAACAACCCCACGAAGACGAAGCCGCACAGUGGAUCCAAAAGACUACUGGAGGCUUCAUCUCCCAAUGUUCCUAAAAAAUAAAUACUUUGCACAUAUUCAAACUUUGCCUGUACCAGAACUUGACAAUCAGUUUAGCGUGAGGGCCAAUGUGAAUGAUGAAUCAUCUACACAUGUUCACUGAAAUAUAAGCCAAUGCCACAAUAAUGGCAAUACUGAACUUAAUGAGGUUUUUUUUAAUUUGAAUUGGAAGAGGUGAGAUUGGAUGGAUUCAUGACUUUCCCUUGCUAGAAGCAGCAAACACUUUUUUCACUCGUGGCUGCAGAUAAAGUGUAGACGAGUCUCUUAUAAGCACAAUAUUCCCUCAUAGUGAAGCUUGUGACAAGCAACAAGCAUGUUAUUAAAUCAUUUGCCAGCCAUGAUCCUCAGAUGCUGGGGCCAUACAAAGACGUAUACCGUAAAUCACAAUUUGAUUCUGAUAAUCAUUUUGUAUCAUUCUCAGAUUUUUUCACUCAGAGGGGUCAUCAUUUAUGAUUUUUGCAUUUUUUAUAGCACAGCCAUCCUACCUAAAUAGAUGCCAAACAAGUCCUGCAAUCAACUUCUAUUGUAACUGCUUUAAAUACAAUCUAAAUCCUCUCGUCGGUUACGUUUUCCUCUGGUGGACUGUAUAAAACCAGAACCACAAUCUCUUUCAUUUCAAUACAAGGAGUAUUAACUAAAUGUACAAUUCUUUUUAAAUAAUGACAAAUACUAUUUCACAAAAAUGAUCUGAGAUGAAAAUGUUUUGUUCACUUUGUAAUAAUGAUAAGUGUGUAUAUAAAACGUUUCAAAACAGUGAUACAAAGUGCUUCAUAAACACUAUAGACAAUGGAAAAUAAGACUAAAUAUAGAUUUUAAUGGGCCAUUGACAGCUACAGUAGUACCGUCCAAUAGGUGGAGGUCGAAGGUGCAGGUGGAUGUGCAGUGAACAAGCUCUCAGGCAGGCCCCACCCCCCACUCCUCAAAAUAUGGUUACUUAGCACUGGCUGGCUGCCAUUUCCACCCAUUAUUAACAGAUAAUGUGUCUGGAUAUGUUAUUUGGAUUAUUUCAUCCAAUCCACAGGCCCCUGCAUCUAUACCUGGUGUUAUUCGUAAUCCAUCAUUAUCUUGAUUCUUAACUCAAUAUGCAAAUAGGUGAGCCAGUGCUGACAGACUUGUCAGCAAGAGAAGUGUUUCCAUCAUUUUCUAAAAUCACUGUGGGAACAUGAGAAGCUGGGACAUUAACUUCAUGUCAUAGCCUCUCAGAGUGAUGGCUACAGCUCCUCAUAAGUGAGAGUUCACUGCAUUUGCUUGUAAUGAGUAAUUGCUGUUUUCUGAUAUUUUAUUGGCUAAACAAUCGAGAUAACGAUUGGCGGAUUAGUUUAACAAAGAUUCAAAAGAAAUAGGUCAACCUGAGAAGUUAUAAAAUCCAGAUCUUUUCGCCUCUCAGCCUUCCAUGUCUGGCUUUUGCCUUUUUUUUUCAUGUUAAUUUAGUUUUAUAGCACUUUGCAGCAUUGGUUUGAUAAGCGCUGUAUAAAUACAUUUUAAUAACUAUAAUUAUAAACACAAUGUGCAACUGGAAGCAAAUUAUAUUAUAGCAAAGUAGUGAAUUACUCAUCUGUUGUGUUUGUUUCUGAAGCAUAGAUGUGCAACAGCUCUGCAUGUGCUUUUAAAUUGCGAGGACGAGUAAGUCAGUUUGCAGUCAGAUAUUCUAAUGUACAAAGAACAUUUGAAAGAGCUUUCUUACAGGAAGGCAUCUUUUGUUUUCAUUUUUAAAUUCAAACCUGCUGACUCUUCCGUAUUUUUCAGAAGAGGGUGGCGUUCAGCCUUUUGCAUUAUACAACAUGAAAGAAAUUGCAGGCCAACAAAAAGAGGAGAGACGGUGACAACAACAGAACAAUAAAGAGUUUCCAAGCAGGGAUAUGUAGUAUAUAUGUGCAUAGGAUUUGACUGCCUUACAGUCUGUGUCACAGGGCCCAAAAUAACAAAGCCGACACAAAAGAACUUGUAAACUUUGUAUAUUAAAUGUCUUUUUUUUUGUAGUCAGGUGAUGAAUUAAUAAGCAGUGUGUUGGUUAACUCUGUACGUUAGUCAGACUCAUUUAUAUUAUGAAUUUCAUGGUUGAUAUGAUUUAUCUUAACCUCUUGCCUUUAAAAAUAUUUUUUUCUUUCAAGAUAAACAUAAAUUUAAAAUAAUAGAAAUUGAUAUGUUUAUGUUACUAAGAAAUGUAUAAAAAUAGCUUAAUGUAUAUCUAUUCUUAUAUGUAAAAUGUAUUUAAAUCAAGGGUAGGCCUUCAGGCAUGUUGAACGUGUGGUGAACACUGAAUCUUAUAUAUUCUGACUCUUAAUGCUGCAAUCCAGAAACUGUAGUGCCAUGAUGUGACUGCGUUCAUGGGGAUGAGAGUUGAAUCAUUUCCCAGCAUAGCACAUUUCUGUUCAAGAUGAAAUAAUAGGACCCAUUCUUAAAAUAUCUUGCCUAUGUUGUGUAACCAAAAUAGCUGUGGUGCUUUCAACAAUACUGGAUUGCAGACUUAAGGAAUCUUCUUUUGAAAUAUGUGUUUAUUUAUUUGGCCUGCAUUGCAAUACAGUAUUUUGAAAUAUUAUAAUGCACUUCUGUUUUCAUUUUACAAGAAGCUGCAAUCCAUUAACUAUGACAAAUGUUUUUAAAGACGGAAAAAAAUAUACAUUAUAUGUUAGAACCAUAUAUUGGUUAAACUUGUAUAAGGUGCAGUGGUACAGUGUGCUACCUCUGAAAUCCUGCCCUCAUCUCCCUUCUCUGCUGGAGUUAAGGAUCCUUAAAUCACAGCCUACGAGAGGAUACUUUAUUCCAUUUGAGUAGAAAAGUUUAUUUAUUUAAGAGACAGUGCUAAGAAAAAAAUUCAAAUUUUGUUCAUAACUAGAUGCAAAAGUCAGAUUUUAUUUCGGCUGCUUGUUCAUUGCUGUGUUAAGAGUUUAUAUAUAAAACGUUUUGCCAUUUCUAAAGUUCUGUCCUGUUUACGAUUGCAUUUAAGUGCCGUUAACAUUCAUACAAAUCUUUUUAAUCAUGGGAUGGGAUUGAAGGUGUGCCAGGUAUUCGUCAGACUCUCAGGUGUUAAGAGGAACACAUCUUUUAAUAUCUUUAAUGCCAAAUGCACAAAAUAUUGACACAAUCUUUGGCAAGUGAGCGUUAAAGCUAAACCUGUUUCAAAAAUUACAUGAAAGAAGGGGUUUGUGCCAUGAGGCAACUGCUCUGCUUUUAUUUUGGUUGAGUUCUGACUCAUCUCAUAAAUGAUCUAAUUUACCUUUUCAUUAUUAUUUGUUACGUUAAAAAGGAACUAAGAGUUUAAUUUUUCUUGGUGCAAAUGAAAAAUGUGAUAAACACUCCACUGUAAUAAAACUUGGUAUGAAAUAUUAUUGAAGUUGCUGUUGAAGAAGUGCAUUAUAUGUUUACAGAACCGUGACAUUUUAGAGGAUGUAUGAACCUUUGUUGACCCAAGGGAGAAGAAAUUAACUGCUGCUUUGCGGCAGCUAACGCAGGACCUAAUAAAUGAAAUGAGAGAUCUUGUAUAUUUUGAAAUAGAAAAAAAGAGGUAGUUAACAUCAAUCAACAUAUUUAUGUUUAUGAAAUGUAUGUAUAUGAUUUUGGAAUCAAAAAGUAUUUUUGUUGGCAGCUUCUAUUCUGCACAAUUGAUCUACUGUGUCACAAAUAUAUAGUUGGUGGGGUUCCUGACUUGAAUUAGGCCUACUGGAUGUAAUACCUUCAUUUACUUGACAUUUAUUUUGAAAUAAGCCAUGCCCCAUGGAUAAGCCAUACCCUCCAGUCCACUGAUGUUGUGUGGUGGAUGUUUAAUGUUGGUAGUUUUAUUUACAAUGGUAGUUAUUGUGGGUAUGAUUGCGCUUGUAAUAUUAUUAGUGUAAGUACACUUGAUUGACAUGAUUUUGUUUUGUUUGAACAAAGGGAAUGUAUUCAUUUUUCAGGUGAUUUCUGAGUGAUUUCAAUAAAUUAA